AAUUGAAAGAUUUCUUUGCCUCCAUUGACAGCCUACACAACUACCACUUUGAUGCUUCAAAAAAAGUUCAUGAAAAGAUCAUAAAACUAAGGCUAUGUCCACACGAAGCCGGUGCAUUCCCUAUCCGAUCAUUUUUUUUCCUUGCUCUAAAAAAAUAAUCUAAACACGAAACCACUGAAACCGACUGAAAGCGGUGUAGUAUAUAUGCCGGACCAGUAUGGGGCGCUGUACUUCUGCCACAGAUAUACACUAUACACGGAGAAGACGACUUUGAGCAUGCGCAUAACCAACGUAUGGUGUUUUCCAUUAUCGCUUGUUGGUCACCACAAUUGCAUAGAAGCAAUAGAUUUUGCUGUAACAAAGCUAGUAGGCUUUAGUAGCUUCUGUAGCACGAACACAAUCACGUAGUCCGCCGUUAUUGUUGUUGCUGUUACGUGUGACGCUUCCGACACGUGAUGUGAUGACGUUUUCGCUUCACAAAAUAUACGGAUUGGCUGUACAGACGAAACCGCAAGGGUGUCGGUUUCAGAUUUAUCCACUUUAGGACCCGAUUUCAAAAAAUAGCGGAUUCAGUCUCCCAAAACGCCGGAUCCGUGUGGAUGAAACGCCAAUACGAUAACAAAUUUAUGCGUAUACAGUGAUACGCGUCUCCGUGUGGACAGCCCUUAAUCCAUAUGAUUUAGGCAGUUUAACUUUUUCACUGUGCUCCUAUAUUUCUUUGUGUGCUCCUAAUAUGUAUAAACAAUAACGUACAGAACACAAUGCCUCAGAAAAUCUGAUCUGCCUGUUUACACGACAGUCGCUUAGGCACAUAUUUGAUUUAUAUCUGAUUUAUUUCAACAUAUGAAUGAGGCCUGAAACCUAUCUCAAAAUAUCCGAAUGUAUGCGUUUUUUUUUUCCUGUUUACACAGCCUUAGAACACAUCCGAUCUGUGUCACAUAUAAGCAAAAAAUCGGAAUUGGGUCACAUUUCACUGAAGGUGUAAACGAGGCCUUAAGCCUUAUUUAUAGGCGUAAAUUUUAUGCCUUAGCUACGGCGUAGGCUGUCCAUAGCCUGUGCGUAGCCUGACGUGCACCUCGCAAAAAUGUUAACAACACGUCAGUUCUACGCGGACCGCAAGCGCUGUGAUUGGUCCACCAGAACCCCUCCCGUCAGGUAAAAAAACUGCAUCAUAGGUAUUUCCGUUUGCGACGAUAAUAACAAAGAAUGGCCAAGUUUAACUCAAACUGCAACAAAAGUCGCUUUUUAUUUACUUCCAUCACUGCUGGUCUUCCUUUCUUCAAUGGACAAAUAACACUGGCUUCCUCUAGCAAAACCUCCUAAAUAAAAAAUGCAAAGCAAAACAGAAUAUUAUCAGUAAUAAAUAUGAUCAUGAAUUUCUUUUCAAGCUCUUUUGCUUUGGUGACAAACUGCGCUGCGGAAAGCCCUUAUAUGGAGCUGGUUUGGGCAUGUUUUAUGCAAAUUGUCAACCUCUUGCAUGUGGCUUCACAUGUAAAACCCUCCAAAAUCACUAACGUAAGAACAAGUAUAAGAACAAAUUCACGUGCGUACGCAUGUGUUGUAAAUUAGGUGAGAAGUUCAAGUAUAUUCCUCUAAAUACGAAAAACAUACGCAGGUAUUAGUGAAUGAGACCCAGUUAUUGUUGGUACUUAUAUUUAAAAAAAAAUAUUUUAGUUUGGAAUAAGCAACAAUCCAUGAUCUGUUAAUGAGAGUUGAACUGCUGUUUGUUUAGUGGUGAUGCAGCUCGAGAUGAUGGCUCCCUUGGGAGACUUGUGAACGAUGACCAUAUUAACCCGAACUGCAGGAUGAAGACUAUCCAUGUGGAUGGGAAACCUCAUCUCUGUUUAUUUGCCAUAAGAAGCAUUUGCCCGGGUGAAGAGGUCACAUACAAUUAUGGCGAUUCAGAGUGCCCAUGGCGAUGCAAGAUGACAGUAAAGAAGCAGUUAAAACAACAACCACAAGACACUGCCACUAAAAAUGUAUCCAGAGAGAUGGGGCAGGUGCAAUUAGACAGUGCUGACUGUGAUGGUCUUACAGUGGCUCUUGAUCAGGUUACCCUUGAGAAGAGCCAGUUGGCGUUAGGGAAUCAAGAUUGUGUUGAGAAGAAUGGUGGUGAGAAGAAUUCUCAAUUGUCCCCAGUAGAAUUGUUAAAUGAGGACCAGAGUUUUCGUGCACCUACCGAAGGACUCAAGCAGGUCUGCAGACAUGAUGUGACCUCUACAACAAUAUCGAGCAUGGACAAGUGUGCAGUAUGUGUGGGACCUGUUGCGGCAUUUAAGUGGAUUGGACUGAGAUGUAAAUUGUGCUCCAGCUUUUGGCACAAGUCCUGCUACUUCAAAUUGUAUUACAAACAGUCAUCAAUGGAUACAAGUUCAGAAGAAGAGCUGUCAGAUGAGGAAUACAUACCAGCGUCAGAGUCAGAGAGUCAGUCAGACAGUUCAGAAGAUCUGACAACAAGAACAAAAAGUCAGGAUCAAGCUAAUCACCCCUCACUAUUAAAGAAGGUUGUCCCCUCACAAUUUAGUUUACCUGUACCCCCCCUGGAUUCAUAUCAAGGCAAAGGAAAACAAAUCUCAAUGGCAAGGGAAGCUGAGUUUGACUUACUUUGUCAUGAAGAGGAUGUUGAACUAGAUAGUAACUCAGAUUCAGAUUUGCGCAGGGAAAUAGAUGUGGUGAUGUCAUCCCCCUCAUUAAUCAGUGAAGAGGCUUGUAGUGGAAAGCUCAUGAAUGCAGCAGACGGAAGUAAGGUGCAAGAGAAAGGGCAAAUAACCAGCAUGCUUGAAUCAGAUCAAUGUGUGCAGUCAUCACAGAUCUCCUGUUCAGCAAAUAGUAAGAACUACUGUUACAUCUGUGGGAAACCCCAGUCCAAGUUAGCACGCCAUCUGAAAACUCAUAUGUCUGAAUUUGAAGUAGGACAGGCACUGUCACUCCCAGUCCACUCAAAGGAACGCAAAGCGAUGCUACAAAAACUCAGAAACAAAGGCAAUUAUCAGCACAACACAGAUGUUUUACAGUGUGGAGAAGGGGCUCUUAAAAUGAAAAGGGCACCAAAAAAAGAAAAGGAUGCAAAAGACUUUGUGCAUUGCAUGUACUGUAAGGGGAUGUUUGUACGGAGAGAUUUGUGGCGUCAUUUGCGAAAAUGUCCCUCAAAACCAAGGGAUGCUGGUGAAGAGCAAGGGAGGACUAGGGUUUUGGGUCUUGCAACUAUGGCAGAGUCGACGCACAGUCAGCAGAUCGCUCAAGGAGUUUGGAAGCUUUUGGGUGCGAUGAAGCACGAUGACAUUUCUGUUGUUGUUAAAAAUGACUGGAGUAUUCUUCAGCUUGCACAGUCGUUCUUUAACAAACAUGGACAUGACUCUACUAAAUUUGAGUACAUCCGUCAGAAACUCCGUAAAAUUGGAAGAUUGUUGUUGACGUUGCGUAAAGAGUUCUCUAUUUACAGUCUUGAAGAAGCUGUGAAACCUGCUAAUUUCUAUCGACUUAUUCAAGCAGUCCAGAGGGUAUCUGGCUAUGAUGAAGAGAGUCACUGCUACAAAAGCCCAAGUCUUGCACUCAAACUGGGUCAUUCAUUAAACAAGAUCUGUGAAAUCAUUCAUUGCAGAGCACUCAUGUCUGAAGACAAAGAACUGAUUUCCUCAACAGAUACAUUCAAAAAGCUGUAUUCCUCAAAGUGGUCUGAGUUGAUCUCCCACUCUGCACUUGUCACAAUGAAUGAGGCCAGAUUCAACAAGCCAUCAACCCUGCCUUUCACCAAAGAUGUACAGUGUCUUCAUCAGUUCCUUGAAAAGAGCGCACAUGCUGCCUUUGAGAAACUAAAAGAGACUGCGUCACCUCAGAGCUAUGCAGCACUAGCCAAAGCAACUCUGGCAAGAAUGAUUGUUUUUAAUCGCCGGCGUGCAGGAGAGGUGUCAAAAAUGCAGCUUAAAAGCUUUCAAGAAAGGGACAGCACUUCUCUUCACGAUGAUGUUGCCUUGGGCCUUAGCAGGUUUGAACAAAAACUCUGCAGUUGAGAUCAGGGGU